UACAACUUACUAGUCACGCUAUCUCCAGCUGUUUUAGACGAAGGUGUGCAAUCGAAGUAUGUGACAGUUAAAAGUAAACAGAAGUAGAUGAACAGAAGGAUGAAAUACGAUUACAAAUACUUUUAUUCUGUGAAUUUGUAGACUUCAGAUGGAUAAACUCGAAGAGCUUCUUCCUGGAAUAGAAGAAUUUCUGUGUCAAGACUUGGCUCGAGAAAAGUUGUCAGAAGAGACAGAAAACAAACGGCUGUAUUAUCUGGAGAGACUCGAUAUUCUAAAAUUACCGCCUAGUGUCCCCCCACGAUUAAAAGUGCCUGACUUUGGAGCCCCCUUUUCUCCUUCACCCAUCAAAGCAACAGGUGACCCAAAGUCCCCAACACUCAGUCACGACCACUUUUUGUUUGAAUCUCAAGAGAAUGAUUUUGCUGCACAUCAGAGAGAAAUUUCACGUUCGUUUAUCGCCCCAGAGGAACUGGAGGCCAUUGAGGGAAAGGAGGUGAAAGUUUACGAUGAUAUUGAUCUCAAUCACCAGGAUGGAGAAAUAAAGCAGGAACACAAUGAAUCCAAAAAUAGUGAUGAAACGGAUUUAUAUGAGAUACCAGUCCCAAAUCACAGCCAAUCAGCUGAUCAAUCUGGGGGUUAUGAGGAGACCAAAUCCCCCACCAAAGAUGACUAUGCCACAACCACAAGUAUCCAGGGGGAGCAAUCCGCAGAUGUUGUACCUCCACCCCUUCCUCCAAGAAGGGAAAAUUCUGAGCCUCCAUUGCAGCGAGACAGGUCUGUAUUCCCUGCUCGACCAGAUCCUCCUGAACGCCAGGCUUCCAUUAAAGGGGAUAAACCUCCUGACCUUCCUGCCCGUCCCAGCCUCCCAACCAUUUAUAAGGCCACAGAGAGAAGGGAUGAAAGAUCUGAAGGAAGUGUGGAUCUGACAGAUGAUGCUGAUUUGACUUCCUACGAAUCAUGUAACGAAGAUGAACUGGAGACCAAAAUGAACAUAAAGCUUCCUAAGCCAAUGAAGAAGAAGAAGUCAUCUAAACCAAAAAUCAGCCGUUCCUCCAAAGAGUGGGACGUGACCCUUCCAUACAAACGAUUAGAGGAUGUGACUCUCUCUGGAGAACUCAUGUACAAAGGAAAGUUAUCCUGGACGAGGAAGCUAGCCGCACUGACCGAUGGCAGGAUGGUGUGUUACAAGCCAGAGAAGAGUGAGUCCAAGCCUGCUCUGGUCAUCCAGCUGACCGGUUAUGAAGCCUCCUAUCUGGAGAAGGAAAACAAGAGAGGAUUUGAUGUCCGUCUUCUUCAUCCAAGUCUGGAAACUCACAUGUUCUCUGUGGAUUUCAAAGACUGGGCACAGUUGUGGGUAGAGUUCAUGAAUGCCAUGAGUAAGGGAAAACCUCCCCCAGGACAGCAUCAACACUUAGCUAGAGGUUCCACAUUUAAUGGCUCUGAAAAUGGUAGAGUGUAUGGCAAUAAGCCAGAUUUCCGGAAAUCCAUUUCUAAUAUAUCCACAGAAAGCAGCAAUUCUGAAACUGAAUACUCUUCAAUGAAAAGAAAAAGUCGAAGUCUUUUUCAGUUAUUUGUGACUGCAGAGGAAGAGGACCGACACAGAGUAAGCAGGAUGGGUUCUAUAGCUUCUAGAGCAAGCUCCUUCUUCGAAUCCAUUGGCAAAAACAAGGGCAAGAAAAUGGCUGCCGCUUUGCCAAACAGUAGUAGUCUUGGCAACCUGGUAGAAACAGGAAGUGAAACCAACAGCCAACUUGACCUCAUUCCCAAAGAUACCAAUGCCUCUACAGCAAGCUUUAAUAAAAAUACCUGUAAUUCUAUUGAAGAUUUGGUCUGUGAUAGAAAAAUUGUUUAUAAAGGUUACCUGAAUAUCUACAGUAGUUUCAAUAAGAGGAAGUGGGGUAAGCGAUGGUGUGUGGUGCGAGACAAUAUGUUUGAGUGUUAUAAGAAUGAGUCCAGCACUGUGUGCGAGCUUGAAAUCCCACUGUACCCCUGUGUUCUGAAGCAAGCUGUGGAGGAGACCAAGAGUGAACUAGGGCUGAUGAUCUCACAAAAUGGCAGAGAAAAAAUCACAGUAGAGCCUUUGAAUAGAGAAGAUAUGGCCUGCUGGCUGCGUGUGUUCAUGAACCAGACAUCAACUGAAUGUCUUCCUGUCGGACUGAAGGAAUUGUGGGUAGAUGAUGAAUCUCCUUACCAUGACAUCCAGUCAGACAAUCUCAACAGUCCAUUGUCAGAUGUAUUCCCUUAUGACACAGUAGAUGAGAAGACCAUUCUGGCACAUGUUGAUACCACGACCUCUGACCCUGAUGACUCAGUGAUGGAGAUCUCUGUGAUGUCACAACAAUCAGAGGCAGCAGACGACACUGCUAAUGAUAGUGCUAUAUCUAAUCCACGGGUCCCAGGGGAAUUAACUGGGGAACUGUAUACACAAGUGCAAAGAACUUCCAAUGGAUAUUUAGAAUCUAGAACUUUUAACAGUCUAGAUGAAGAAUUCUUUAGUUCUACAAUAGUGAAAACCAAUUGUUCUGGAAAAUCUUCUGCAACAUUGUCAAGGAUUACCAAGUCUUCAUCCAAUGCAUCUGUUAUGACCAAGACAUUUACACAUUCCUUCAGCACAGGGUUUCUUGGAGCCAAUGAUAGCAGUUUGUUCGAUGAGAUUUGGUCUAAACUCAAUGAAAACCAAAGAGACGAACAUAAUUUAGAUGAAGAAAAUGAUGAAAGGACCCCCACAGACACUGCAUAUAACAGUGCUGCAGGGUCAGAAAAUAGUUCAUUGGAACGUAAAAACAAGUUUGAGACAGAUUCUUUAAGUCAGUCAUCCACAUUAAAAGACUUCAGAUCUUCCAGUGAGGAGGUGGAUAACCAGCCUCUUCAUGACCACGUGGAACAUCAAAUCUCAGUGGAAAAUAUUAAUCCCAAUAACCUUGAACAAAGUAUGAAUGUUCAGAACUCUCUGAAUGGCUUGGACAAAGAUCCAAGUUUAUCCCAUGUUAUCAUUCCUAGUGUUAGUAAUACUCUGACAACCAUUACCCACUCCAAAUCUAACAGGGACCAGUGUGAUUCAGCCAUUUUCGAAUCUGAUUCUAUCAUGGAUGACUUGUCUUGUGCUAGUCCUGAUGCACUGAAGCGCAAAAUUGAGCAACUACGUACUCAUUUAGUGGAACUUAAACAGCGCAGAAUCUGCCUCAGAGACCGUAAGCUGUGUUGUGAACCAAGCCUACAGAAACAACUAGAGCAAGAGUACUCACACUUGGAUGAAGAAUGUCGAACUGUGACAGAGGAAAUUCAGGCUUUGGAGGGAAAAUUAGAACCAUAAAAAUCAUUCUUAUAUUUUUUUCUCUUGCAAACAUUCCUGAUAUCAUGUACUAAUAAGUUUUGUUAUAUUCUGUAUGGGAAGAUGAAUGAACGUUUCUUUUUUUUUUUUUUUUAGAUUAAAUAUACAGUUGAACUUUGGUAUCUCGAACACCAAAUAUCUUGAAUACCAUGAAUAUGUCAAAGUGAAUUGGAAGUUCCAACCACUUAUUCUUUAAGUAUUUAAUCCUUGAUAUCUCUAAGCCUUGGAUAUCUUGAAGUUUUUUCUCGACCCAUCGAGUUCGAGAUAAUGAGGUUUGACUGUACAUGCAUAUUGCUUUAUUAAUUCAAAAUGUAAAUUAUUUAAAGGUAUAAGGAUGAAAAUUAUCAGCCUGAUACAUAUCAAGUCACUUCUGUUAAGGUGAUAGAGCAAUCAGUUGUUAGUCAUUAUGAAAUUAAAUUUUAGAACAUAUAGAAUGACAGAUCUAUACACUUUGUUAUUGAAUUUGUCAUUUUUGUAAAAAUUUAUAGAAAUUGAUUCUAUUUAAUUUUCUCUUCUACACAACUCUGUGAUAUUUUAUAGGAAUGAUAUUUUCGGUGACAUUGGACACUGACCUUUGUGCUAUAAUUUACUGUUGAUAUUGACUCUCAUGUGAUAAAUUUCACAAGGCCAAAGUUAUAUUUUCUUAUGAAAAUGAAAACCUUUUCUUCAGAUAUUAAACUGCAUUUACAAUUUAUAUACAUGUGUAUGGAACUUGUACAAAUAUGCAAUAUUUUUUUUGAAUAUCAAUGGUUGUGAAAUAUUUGUGAAAUUUGAGUGGCAAAAUGUACCGGGUACAGCAUUAAUUGUGGCCAAAAUGUACAAAAAAUUUUUUCUUUCACAAAUGUUGUCUCCAAGGAAACAUCUUUUUAUUAAGAUUAUUUCAUUAUUUGUGCUCUCAAGGAUGUGCUAUUGUAUUUUUUUCAAGAACCAAAAUUAUUUUUAUGCACUGCAUGUAGAUUCAUCUAAUCUAAAGAGAUAUAAACAAGAAACAUAAUUGGAGCAAUAAGAAAAGACAGAAAAUUGGGCCGUAAGUUUAACAAUGUUCAGCUUUGAUAUGUAUUUUUGUCAGGGGAUCAUGAACAUUUUUUAAAAAUUGUAAAUUGUUUGAUAAUUUUUUUGUUUAAUAUCUAGUACAUGCAAUGUUUAUGGAAAGGUUCAGCUUGUUUAAAAACAAAUUUUACAUUAUUCCUUAACUUGAAAAUAUUUCUUCAAAUUUUGUUUUAUUAAAAUUGAGAUACUUAAUGUUAAAUAAAAUCUUUGAUAAUCAGCUGUUCAUUGUAUCUAAUUAUCAUAAUCAUAUAUCCUUCAAAACUAUUUUAAAUUUUAGAUGGACUUCAAUAGAAAAUUUUUUGUGUAAAUUAAAUCAUAGAUGCAAUUUGUUGCAGUGCUUCCCAGAAUUUAGCAUUUGCUGUGUGCAUUUUGUAUUUUGUAAACUUUUGAUCUGUUGGAUUUUGAACAUCAUAAUUAUUUUUAUGUUUAGUGUUUGAGAUUCUGAGGGCCUUAUACAAGACUGCAAAGAAAACAGAAAUACCUUAUACCUUUUAAUUAUAUAUACCGGUACAGAUUUUUACAUAGGUGAUUAAAAUUCUAAGAAAAAUAAAGCAAACAUUUAGAAUCCAUGCUUUAUCAAUUGUAUGUAUAUUUACAUUAUACAUUAAAAUAUGAAAACUUUUGAAGAUCUUGAUUUUGAAGACCCAAAUAAUUUCAAUUAACAUGAUUAAUGUUUGUUUAUGCAUUUAGUAAAAACCAUUAAAAAACAGGCCUUUAAAUCAAUUGUCCUAAAAUUGUUAAUAUUUUAUUUUUUUUAUAC